AUGGGACACACUCUCAAGGCUCGCAUGGAGGAGAAUUUUUUGGGGCUGAAGCAUCUCGGCCGUGAAGUAGUGGAUGCUGUCGAUGGCUUUUCUAUGGGGACUUUCUUUCUCAAUAUCUUGUCAUUCUCUUUUGGUAUUACCUACACUGAUCGCCAACGCCGAUCUUUUCCCUCCAUGACCUUUGUAAAACUACCAAAGACUCGUUUCGGACCUAUACGUAGCUCGCGCUUAGGUGACAGCGCGGACCCUUUAUUCGGCCUUCAUCCUUGCUACAACUUGCGGUGCGCACUUCUCAUCAUCUACCGUAUCAUCACUGUUACACGGACAGGAAGCGACACAGGAGGUAGACUCAGAGCUUAUCGCCAUGUUAUCAAGAUCAUAGUUGAAUCAUCGGCUCUUUAUACUGUAACUUUGAUCUUAUAUGUGGUUUUCUAUGCUCGCGAAGACAUCACUUUGCAUUACUUCGACUGCCUAGCAGGAAUUGCAAGGGGAAUUGCUCUGACGCUCCUCGUCGGGCGUGUCGCAGCAGGUCACGCUCGCCCUGACGACUCGUGGCAAGGAAGCCGAGAUUACAUGAUAAGCAACGACUUCGGCUCAGAAGCUCAGGUGGGAGAGGGUGAACAUCCCCGUCACACACUGAAGGAAGAUACUGCGGACAAGGUUGUCAUAGGUGGAGAUGAUGACCCCGGGGCCCGGCUGGAGACUAGAAGACAGUCAUUUGAAUAACGAGAAUGUCGUUCAUGGGGAUGACCCUCGGAA